AGGGGUCCUGUGUGCAGGGGUCCUGUGUGCAGGGGUCCUGUGUGCAGGGGUCCAGGCAGAAAACAACAGCUCAGCAGAGCCAAUCAGGUUGGUGGGAGGAGCCAGUCGCUGUUCUGGGACUCUGGAGGUGAAACACAGAGGAGAGUGGGGACGAGUGAUGGAGCCCUAUACACACUGGGACCAGGAGCACACAGCUGGUGUGUGCAGAGACCUGGACUGUGGCUCUGCUGUUUAUGGAGAACAGAGAUAUGAUUUUGCCGAGAGUCGUGUGUGGAGGCUCACACCUGACUGUGUGAAGAAGUCUUCAGUGAGACGAUGUAGCUUUGAUUCAUUCUACUCUUCCCAGGGUGUGGAGGUGAAGUGUUCAGAGUCGGUGCGGUUGGUCUCGGGGUCCGGUCUGUGUUCAGGAUCAGUGCAGAUCUGGGACGGGUCCUGGACCGGGGUCUGUGACGGGGACUUGGACCAGCGGGGGACAGAGGUGCUGUGCAGGGAGCUGGACUGUGGGGCUCCUUCUCUCCUCCAGGGGGCGCUCUCUCCUCUGGGGCAGACGUUCCACUGUGAGGGACAUGAGUCUGCUCUGAUGGACUGUCCCCGCUCCAACUCAAGCACCUGCUCCUCUGGAGCCACUGUCAACCUCACCUGCUCAGAGCCAAUCAGGUUGGUGGGAGGAGCCAGUCGCUGUGCGGGGACUCUGGAGGUGAAACACAGAGGAGAGUGGGGACGAGUGGAUCCUUCUGGACUCUGGGGCCUGGAGGACACAGCUGUUGUGUGCAGAGACCUGGACUGUGGCUCUGCUGUGUGUGGAAAACAGUGAUAUGAUUUUCCAGAGAGUCGUGUGUGGGGGGUCAGAACUCACUGUGUGAAGGGGUCUUCAGUGAGAGGAUGUGUCUCUAGUUCAUCCUCCUCUUCCUUUGAGGGUGUGGAGGUGAUGUGUUCAGACUCGGUGCGGUUGGUCUCGGGGUCCGGUCUGUGUUCAGGAUCAGUGCAGAUCUGGGACGGGUUCUGGACCGGGGUCUGUGACGGGGACUUGGACCAGCGGGGGGCAGAGGUGCUGUGCAGGGAGCUGGGCUGUGGGGCUCCUUCUCUCCUCCAGGGGGCGCUCUCUCCUCUGGGGCAGAUGUUCCACUGUGAGGGUCAUGAGUCUGCUCUGAUGGACUGUCCCCGCUCCAACUCAAGCACCUGCUCCUCUGGAGCCACUGUCAACCUCACCUGCUCAGAGCCAAUCAGGUUGGUGGGAGGAGUCAGUCGCUGUAAUGGGACUCUGGAGGUGAGAUACAGAGGGGAGUGGAGACGGGUGGAGUCCUCCGGACUCUGGGGCCACGAGGCGGCAACUGCUGUGUGCAGAGACCUGGACUGUGGCUCUGCUGUUCACAGAGAACAGAAAGAUGAUUUUCCACGGAGUCGUGUGUGGAGGAUCAGAUCUGACUGUGUGAAGAAAUCUUCAGUGAGACGAUGUGUCUCUGGUUCUUCUUCCUCCUCUGCCCGGGGUCUGGAGAUGGAAUGUUCAGGUCAGGACCAGAGGCGGCGCUAGAGAGAGGCCCCGGCUCAGAGUGAAACGGUUCAGAUCAGAAUUGGUCCAGUUUCAGAUACAGUCGUCCCUCGCUAUAACACAGUUCACCUUUCAUGGCCUUGCUGUUUCGCUGUUUCGCUGAUUUGUUUUUGUGCAAUUAUGCGUAUGUGCGUGCAUUGUGCCCCCCCCCCAUCUUGAUUGGCUUUAGACCGUUGUCAAUCAGUCUCAAAUUUACAUAAAUGUUGGAUCUGUAUCAGUGUGAUUCUGAAGUGUUGUAUGUUUGUGAGUUUUCUCCCCGACAAAUACCACAAUGUCGACAAAACUUUCUGCACCGACAAAGACUCCCGCGCUCGCAUCCAAAAGACAGAAGAAGAUGUAACCAUCACACAAAAAGCUGAACUUCUGGACACGCUGAAGGAAGUAGAAGUUACGCGGCUGUGGCAGAGUCCUGCACCGGGUCGUGUCCGGGCAAAUAGUUGCUGAAACAGGCGGGUUUUAACAUUCUGGAAUUUAAAAAAGUCCGGCAUCUCGAUGUUUCUUCUGCUCAGUAAAUAAAAUCUGUGAAGUGUUGACAGUCGAGUCGCGUCUGUGAACUUGUCUUCGUAUUGAAAAAAGUGUAACCGUUUCAUUUUGUGAUUGUAAUUCUCGCAAUUGUAACUUUUCAUCUCGUAUUCUGAUAAAUAUUUCAGUUAGAAUGUUUUUAAUUUGUGUGUGAUUCAUCACGGGUCCGGGCGGGUGCAGGUUUGAAGUUGA